UGGGUCAUCAAACAUUGGACUUCAGUGGUUGCUGCUUUUGGAUUUAACAUGAGUGUUCUGCAUCUGUGCUUAUUUGCGACUUUUUGGAUAACUGUGCGGGCCAUCCAUCCAGACUGUGCAAUUAUCUCUCAGCUGAUACAAGACCAAGAGACCUGCAUCCAGAUCAGGAAGAGAGAGACCAAGAACCAGUCCCAACAAACAGGAUGUGGGACAGAUUGGGAUGGGAUCAAGUGCUGGCAUACAGCCGAUACAGGACAACUAAUCAACGUGUCCUGCUCAGAAGUCUUCCAGCAUUUUUCCAACAAUCAAGGUUUUAUAUACCGGAACUGCACGUCUUUAGGCUGGAGUGAUCCGUAUCCUCCAUAUGAGGAGGCCUGUGGAUUUGAAGACGAUUCAGAAUCCAGAACUGUGACAACAUACUUAUCGACUUUGAAACAACUGUGCACUGCAGGAUAUGCAACAUCACUUAUUUCACUCAUUACAGCCGUUAUCAUAUUCACUUGCUUCAGGAAAUUUCACUGUACCAGAAACUACAUACACAUCAAUCUAUUUGUUUCAUUCAUUCUACGGGCUACUGCAGUCUUCAUCAAAGAUGCUGUACUUUUCUCAGAUGAAACUCUGGACCACUGUUUAAUGUCCACGGCAGUGUGUAAGACUGCUGUAGCGUUCUUUCAGUUCUGCAUUCUCACAAAUUACUUUUGGCUGCUGGUGGAGGGAAUGUACCUGCAAACACUCCUGGCCCUCACGUUUGUCUCGCAGAGAAAGUACUUCUGGUGGUACAUCCUCAUCGGAUGGGGUGUGCCAUCAGUUGUACUGAUUGUAUGGGUGUUGACCAGACAGUUCUACGAUAACAGAGGAUGUUGGGAUGACACAGACAAUAUGAACAUCUGGUGGAUAAUCAAAGGACCAAUCACAGCAUCACUGUUUGCCAAUAUUAUCAUCUUCCUAAACGUGAUUCGGAUCUUGGUUCAGAAAUUAAAGAGUCCUGGAAUCGGAGGCAGUGACACGGGUCACUUCAUGAGGCUCGCCAAAUCCACCUUGUUUCUGAUUCCUCUGUUCGGGAUGCACUACACCGUGUUUGCCUUUCUGCCUGAGAACACUGGAGAAAUAAUCCGAUUCUACAUUGAACUUGGUCUGGGCUCUUUCCAGGGUUUUGUGGUGGCCCUUCUUUACUGCUUCCUGAAUGGAGAGGUACAGGCAGAGUUGAAGCGAAGGUUAUGGAAGUGGCAGACGCUGACUCACCUGAGUCCCAGUAAAAAGCGCCAAGUCACUGUUACUCAGAUCAAGAUGCAAAAGGUCGGUGACCCACAGACUGCCAUCUGCAAUGGAAACAUCACAUCUGUGUGAACACACCUGUAUGAUGUUGGUGGAACAUCAUGCUGUGCCCAAAAGACUCCAAGAGCUUCAUGUUCAGCUCUGGAGAGUAAAAGACUUGAAUGAGAGGAAAUAGGUCACCAAUCAGCACUUAUCAAGAAGUACAGUAUGUGCUAAGAAUAUCUCACAGUUUUGGAUCUCGAAGCAUUUAUCACAAUGUUGACGCUGUGUGCAUUGUUUAAAAAAAGAUUUGCUAGCGGUAAAACUGCAGUCAGCCAUUGCAAUAUUCAUGAUUGUGAUUGUGACUGUAGAGGGCCAGUAAAUUAGCACUUGAUCUACACAUCCUGUUUGGCUGAGAGAACUUGACAGUCAGUCCUUUUUGGCUUUUUCAUCUUUGUUCAGUAGCUUAUGGGAGUUUAAGUUUAGCAUUUUGUGCGCUGAGGUUGAAUAAAAUGUCUCACGGAGUAAUAAGUGAUUGUUUUCUGCAAAGGAAAGAUAUUUAAAUGUUACUUCUUCCUGCUACAUGCCACAAUCCAGAUUUCAUAUGUUGAGCUGUCUGCUAUUUAUGUAUCAUAUUAUAACUCUGAACUCGCUGGUUGUAUUUGAUACAUCUGUCUCCCAGUGGGGCAAAAGGUUUAAGACUGGACAUUGACAAGAGGAACAUGCUCUCCCUUAAUUUUCAGCAAUAGCUUGUUGGAAAGCUGAGACCAAGGACAGUUGUGUUUGAGUAAUUUAGUUUUCUUAAAUGCCAGGGCCAUUUCUAGCUGUAAGCGGUAUAAGCAGGCACUUAGGGCCCCCGAGCCACCAGGGGUUCUUGCAAAGCAAGGCCUUUUUUUAAAUGUACUAAAAGCUGUGAGUAAGACUCAGGCAUCUGUUAUAGCUCAAUUAGAUCGGUAUAGGGGAGCCCCUUGUGGCCUGACAGGAAAGAGAGAAUGUAAUGAUCUGCCCCCAUAUACACAGAAAUGGCACUGUUAUAUGCCAAUAUUUGGCACUGAAUGCUCUGUAUCAAUUUGGAAUUUUAACAUAAGACCUUUCUGGAUUUUAAAGUAUGAUCACUGACAGAAAUGCGGUAUCCACACAGUGUAUUUCAUUUUUGCUGUAUGAGACAACAAACAUUAUUUUUUUUAACAGCAUUUAUUAAUCUUUGUUAAGGUUAAUUGAU